AUGGAGAACGCCAAGCAAAAGGCGCUCGAGGUCGCGUGGCGCCUCGCGACCGAGAGCCGCCGACCGGACCUCGUCAUUGGCUGCGACACGGUCGUCGUCCACGACGGCAAGAUCCUCGAGAAGCCCAAGGACGAGGCCGAGGCCUUUCGCAUGCUCUCGUCGCUCUCAAACUCGACGCACCAAGUGUUUUCGGGCGUGGCGCUGUGUCUGGGCGCUUCGACGCACGUCUUUAGCCACGUGACCCAAGUCCAGUUCCUUCCGCUCGACGAACAGGCCAUUCGCGACUAUAUUGCGACCGGCGAGCCCAUGGACAAGGCUGGCUCGUACGGCAUCCAAAGCGGCGGGCGCGUGUUUGUCAAGGCCGUCGACGGCUGCAUGAACAACGUCAUCGGCUUCCCCAGUCUGUAG